GAACAGAGCAGAGUCUGAACGAGUGACUGGCAAUAGGUGGAAACAAUUUAGUUUUUAAGCAGGCACAUAAACAAGUUACAUUGAUAUUAUCAGUUUCUAAACAGCCAGUUUCAAUCGGCUGCUUGCAGGAUCAACUUGUUGUUUUUUCAUGGUCAAAGUCAGAUCAUGGAAAUUUACUGGGUCAUUGGGCUGUAAGAGUGCACAGUCACAGAGUAGUUUGAAAUCGAGUUUGAAAUGACAUUUCUUCACCAUUGAUAGUCUUCUGGGAUUUUUGAAAAUUUUGUCAGAGUGCAGAUCAGGAUUGAGUCUAGAGACAAACUCCAGACUUGCUUAAUGUUAUUAGGUAAGUCCCCUUGCACAGUUUAGUUCCUGGAUCAGUAAGUGAAUUACAGGUCAUGCACCUCUCUUCCUCUUCAUUGUUCCUCUUUGAUUCCCUUUUAUUGCCAGUCACACCCCGACACAUCAGAAGAAAUCGUCGGGUCCUGACAAACCAGAACUUCAGAAAUCAAGAUGCUACUGAGGUGCUGGCUGGCUCUGCUGGUGGCUCUGAUCCCUGCAGCCUCAAGCACCAAUGCUGGAGUAAAAGUCAGGCUGACAGAAAAAGGCAUUGAAUAUGGAAAAAGACUGGGCAUGGCUGCCCUGCAGACGAAACUCAAAUCCAUCAAAGUGCCAGACAUUUCAGGAUCGAAGAGGGUGUCUCACUUCAUUAAAGUCAAGUACAGUUUGACAAAUAUGCGAAUAACCAACAUUGGAUUACCAAAGUCUGAAGUGGAUCUGGUGCCGGGUUCUGGAGUCAAACUGUCUAUUGGUGAUGCAUACAUCAGUCUGAAAGGAAACUGGAGAUACAAGAUCCGCCAUGCACUAAGUAGCAGUGGCUCCUUUGACUUGAGUGUAAACGGACUCACAAUCACACCCAGCAUUGCCAUCAAGAGUGAUGAGACAGGACGACCAGCCGUCAGUAGCGUCAACUGUGCAGCUGCUGUUGGCAGGGUGAAUAUCAAGUUCCACGGUAGAGCCAGCUGGGUGUACAAUCUCUUUAGAAAAAAACUUGGUGACCUUGUGCGUGGCGCAUUAAAAAAACAGAUCUGCCCUCUGGUGGCCAACACAGUGUCUGAUUUAAACCCUCAGUUGAAAACUCUCAAUGUCGUAGCCAAGGUGGACAAGUACGCAGAGAUCGAAUACUCCAUGGUGUCAUCGCCCAUCAUUUCUAACUCCUCUAUAGAUCUGAGCAUGAAGGGUGAAUUUUACAACAUUGGUAAGCACCAGGAGCCUCCGUUCUCCCCCAAAGCCUUUUCCCUGCCGCCACAGAUCAACAGAAUGUUGUACAUAAGCAUGUCUGCCUUCACUGCCAACUCUGCAGCUUUUGUCUACAACAAAGCAGGAGCCCUGAGCCUGUAUAUCACUGAUGACAUGAUCCCAAAAGGUUCUCCUUUCCGACUCAACACCAGAACAUUUGGAGUCUUCAUCCCUCAGAUUGCUCAGAAAUUUCCAGGCCUGAUGAUGAAACUGUUGGUGAAGACGGUGAAAAAUCCCAUAGUCACUUUUGAACCCAACAAUGCGACGAUUCAGGCCACGGCCACAGUGACGGCUUACGCCAUCCAACCCAACUCCACACUUUCCCCACUUUUUGUUCUUAACUUGGACACCAGCGUCAGUGCCAAUGUGUUUGUUAGUGGAAUGAAGCUGGCUGCAUCCGUCACCCUCAACAAGAUGGAUCUGACCCUGGGUACAAGUUCUGUAGGACAGUUUCAGGUCAGAACUCUGAACAACAUCCUCCAAUUUCUCCUUAAAGUCGUAGUGAUACCCCAACUGAAUGCUGAACUUGGCAAAGGCUACCCUCUUCCUGCAAUUGGAAAGAUGAAGCUUGAGAACGCCCAACUUCAAGUCCUAAAGGACUACGUGCUGAUUGGGACAGAUGUUCAGUUCACUGGUUGAACUGUAUUCCUGAGGGCUGGUGGACGUCGGACAAAAUUUGAAAGAAACAAAUAAAUCCUUCUCCUACAAGAAUGAUAAUUGCACAACUCCAGCUUUGGAGAUCACAUUUGAUUUCUCAGUUUUGUUUUUCCCCCUGAUAUUCUUUUCAUCACAGAAAAUGUGGAUCUCUGACGCCCUCCAGAGUUACUGCAGUCUUGUCAAAUUUUUUUCAAGAUGCUGUUUGCUGCCACAAUAAUCUCUUCUGAAAGAACUCGCGCCUUACAAAUCAUUUCACUGCACUUGCUGCUGAUUUUAGGUAAAUUCUCCUCCACAGUUGUCAACUUUGUGACUCAGAGCGAUUUGGCCAAUGUGCUGACAUUUUUAUUGCAGUCUGGAGGAUCCUAUAAAAACACCACAGCGUCAAUCAAACAUCGCUGCUUCAGACAAAACACAGCUGUCAGUAAUUUGUGUUAGUCUCUCUUUGAUUGUUCAUUAAACCCUAAAAAAAAAAAUCAUCUCUGUGUAUCAAAAUGACAUCUUUGGAAGUUUGUUCCAUGAAAAAUAAAUCCUUCCUGCUUUAAAAUGA